AUGGCCGACUUCAACCAAAUCGUAUACGUUUUGAUGCCUGUCUCCUUGGUUGGUGCAGUUCUGAAUUGGUCCAGUUUCUACAGUAUCCGGAAAUUGGCAAGCUUUAAUCAUUCCUUCGGAGUUUUGUCAGCAAAUCAGGCGCUAGCAGAUGCGAUGCAUUCGACAGUUUUUCUGCUUUAUUUCUGCCCAAUGGUAUUACUGGACCAACCAACCAUGAAGCACUAUUCUCACAUAUGCGGAUACCUACUACUUCUUGCCUACGAACUGUCCGUUCUCACACAUUUGGCGAUUUCUUUGAACCGAUUCAUUUCCGUUUGGUUUCCGCUAUUCUACGAAAGAGCCUUUAGUGUGCGGAAAACAAAAGUGUUCAUUAUUGUACUCUGGAUGUACAAUGCGACAUCGGCGACGGUGCUUUAUGAAAAUUUCUGUCACUUUUACUUUGACGACAAAAUUGGUUUUCUGACAUUCAGCAACUCGGAUCUUUGCUCUUUCAUCGGAUGGUACGGGGACUUUUUGAAGAACUGUUUUUACGUUUCCAUUGUUAUUUGUUUGGAUGUUCUAACGGUUUACGGGGUCCGUCGACUGUCUAAGAAGCUUCAAUCUGGAAUGACGGAUGCUGCACUCAAAAAGUUGUCGAGUCGGGAUCGUCGAUUCUUGAAACAGACUUUGAUCCAAGGAUUUGUGUUUAUGCUCGAGCUAGUGACCUAUUUCGUGGUCCCAACUUAUUUCACAAACGAUUGGAUAGUAUUCUUUGGAACCUCAUUUGCUUGGGUUACGGUACAUGUAGCUGAUGGACUCAUCGUGAUAAUAUGCAAUCCCGAGAUCCGUAAUUUUUUAUUCGGAAGUAAAAUUAAAAGUUUUCAAACACGUGGCAUUACUAUACAUCUGUCUUCAGUGGUGGCGGUGUCGUCACACCCCCCACAACAAAGAUCAUUAUUUUCUGAUUAA